GUUUGUUCUCAUGUACUCGCAGCUCGCUCGCGACGAGUAGGGGAUUUCGCGUGCCGUGGUCGAAUUUCGCGCCACUACACCGACGUGGUCGAUCGGAAAUUCCAUCCACAUAGUUUCACAACGUCGAUUAAGUCAUUCAAUCCCGAAUGGAACGGAUUUAUCUGAUUAAAUAAAUAAGUCGACGGAUUGUUUUGCCAGUUAGUUCCAGUCUGAAGUUUCCCUUUGCAUUGUUCCCGGCUCGUCAGCGGCUACAUUGUGUCUAUUUAAUUUUCCGAUAAUUUCGCAGCAUAAUAAUGAUUACCUUAAUAGUCUUCACCUGCGUCUUGGCUACAGCCUUAGCCCAAAGGCCGUCUUUCGCUGGCACCAGAGUAAUAGGGGUGCCCGACUUGCACCCGAGUUUUAGGAAAAAUGAACCAGAGGAUUCCCAAUUUACGUCACCGGCAAUCGCCAGCAGAUUUGGAGAAGCUGACGGUACGACAAUCAGGAUACCAGUGGACGCUAGAGGAGAUGUGAAGCUGGUGAAUCGAUUGAACACCUGGCCAGAGGAGAACAGGCCGUUUUGGCUGACCAAUUACGAGAUAAUCGAGAGCCAAAGAGGCAAACCUGGUGGUAAGAAAAUCUUGGUAAUACUAGUUUGCUUCGCCUCAUCAGCAAUUUGCCAAAGACCCAUUUUAGCGGGUAUGCAACAAGACGGCGUGCAUCCUUUGUUCAAACAAAAGCAAACCCAAACUGAACAAAUUAAUUUAAACAGCACAUUCGGAAAAACCGGUGGAUCGACCUUCCCAUUACCAGUCGAUGCCAGAGAAGAUUUCAAUCUCGUCAAUCGUCUGAACGAUUGGUCGGAUAAGAACAUCAAGACCUUCUGGUUGGUCAAUCAUAAGAUUAUCGAACAUCUGAGAGGCACUCAGAGUCAAGGUUGGUACUGCUUCUACUUCACACCAUACAAUGGCUACAAUGCAUACAAUGCCUACAAUGCCUACAAUGCCUACACCGCCUACUAUGCCUACACCACCUACAAUGCCUACACCACCUACAAUGCCUACACCGCCUACAAUGCCUACACCACCUACAAUGCCAACACCGCCUACAAUGCCUACACCGCCUACUAUGCCUACACCACCUACAAUGCCUACACCCCCUACAAUGCCUACACCACCUACAAUGCCAACACCGCCUACAAUGCCUACACCACCUACAAUGCCUACACCACCUACAAUGCCUACACCACCUACAAAUCCUACACAGCCUACACAACCUUCACAUCCUACACAGCCUACACCACCUACACCACCUACACCGCCUACACCACCUACACCACCUACACCACCUACACCGCCUACACCGCCUACACCGCCUACACCGCCUACACCGCCUACACCACCUACAGCGCCUACACCAGCUACACCACCUACACCACCUACACCACCUACACCACCUACACCACCUACACCGCCUACACCGCCUACACCUCCUGCACGGCCUACAAAUCCUACAAAUCCUACAAAUCCUACAAAUCCUACAAAUCCUACAAAUCCUACAAAUCCUACGCAUCCUUCACAUCCUACACAUCCUACUCAUCCUACACAACCUACACAGCCUACUCAGCCUACGCAGCCUACACAGCCGACACAGCCUACUCAGCCUACACAUCCUACACAUCCUACACAUCCCACAUAUCCCACACAUCCUACAUAUCCGACACAUCCUACCUAUCCUACUCAUCCUACACAACCUACACAGCCUACACAGCCUACUCAGCCUACUCAGCCUACACCUCCUACACAUCCCACACAUCCAACACAUCCUACCCAUCCUACACAUCCUACACAUCCUAUACAUGA